CGGACUUGGGCCAAUGGAGGAGCAAAAACAUCGCAUGCUCUACCAGGGUCAGGAUCCCAAUGCAAGUGGAUGCCAAGCGGUGCCAAAGCCGCCAGCCUAUGCUGAGGCGAUUACACAUGCGCCCAGUUUGCGGCACAACAACAACAACAACAACAACAACAGUUGCCAUCGGCUCAGCUUGCAGCAGCAGCAGCAGCGCAGCGAGCGUCGCUGCACAUUCUUUGCCGAGCCACAACAUUUGCGACAGCAGCAACAAGAGCAGCAGCAGCAGCAGCAACUAGAGCUAGAGUCAGCGGCAGCCACAAGCGUCAGUGCUGAGCCGCCGACGCCGACGUCUGUUGCUGCCACAUCUCGAGUGCAUACUUACAUUGCCUUGAAGCCAGCGCAGCGUCUUGGCGCCACGCCCAGCUUGUUGCAUUGCCCAUUCUGCGGCCAUGUGGCACGCACUGUGACCAAACGUUGCCCCAGCUCAAGCUCACACCUUUGGGCGCUCGCACUUUGCUGCUUUGGCUGGUGCUGCUGCGCCUGUUUGUUGCCUUAUUAUUGCUGCCUCGCCUGCCGCGCUACUCAACACUACUGCGCUGCCUGCUCCAACUUGCUGGCCACCGCGCAAGACUGACAACAACAACAACAACAAGCAUUACUUAUUAUUUUAUA